UUUGACAUUUCCUGUAGUUCCCGGAAGUUGGUGUUCCGCUCGGAGUGUUGCUCACGUGUGUAUGAAAACUCAUGAAAAUGGUGAAAAACAGCAAAUACAAACCGAAAUCAAAGAAGCAGAGUAAAUGUGUGCUAAUGUUUGAUGAUAAAGAUCGACAAGAAUUCCUCACAGGUUUUCACAAGAGGAAAGUGGAGCGGAGGAAAGCUGCUCUGGAGGAGAUGAAGAAGAAAAUCAAGGAGGAGCAGAAGAGAGUUAGAGAAGAGAGACACAAGGAAUAUAUAAAGAUGCUGAAGGAGCGACGAGAAGCUCUGGAUGAGGCAGAUGAACUGGAAGACGCCGUCACAGCGACCACCGAGUGUCUUCAGUACGAUCACCCUAACCAUACCGUUACCGUGACGACCAUUAGUGAUCUUGACCUGUCAGGUGCAAGGCUGCUUGAACCCCAAAAAGUCCAGACGACUGAAAACAAUGAAGAUGAUGAAGAGAGAGUGAAGUCACUUCCAAAGAAAGCAGGAAACCCCAUCCUCUCUAAAAAAAUUCAGUCCCUCACGGCGUCGCUUCACAGUCGCACUAAACAGAAGAAGAACAAACAGAAACGCAAACAGGACGUGAGGCGGCAACAUUCUCAGACUGACAGGAAGUCGUCAGCCAUCCAUGACAACAAACUCCGCCUUGGCAGAACAACCAAGAAGCAGAGACGCAGGCGGACGGGAAGGAACGAGCGACAUCAAGACUGACCGACAGACAGGACUGUCAUGUGAUGUGAUGUGUUGGGUCACAUGUUCAACCCACUGCAGAUGUUUGUAUUUUUCAUGUAAUACUUUAAAGACAUUAAAAAUAGAUUUUUCAUCUGAAUAUUUGAUAUAUGCACUGUUCUUGAACCUCUGACCAUCAAUACAGUUUAUGUUUAAUAUUUCCUCCUCUAUGUAACUGUAAUGUGAAUAAAAUUCAUUAUUUAAAUUGUGAGAAAACAUGGUACCAUUGUACUACCAUCACUUAAAGGUGCCAAAGAAUAUAAAACUAAUUACUGUAGGCGUAGAUUAAUAAUACAAGCUCUCUGUACAUGAUAAUGACAUAUCAUGAUCCUCAAACACGAUUGUUUCCUCCUUCUUAUGUAAACCUCAAAAGACAGCUGGAAAACAGACCAAUCACAACAUAACACCGACUGUGACGUUACAGUCCAGAUGUACACCCCAACAUUAAAUUAAUUACAAUGUUGUUACAAUCAUAAAAACAAAGUUCUGACUGAUGAGUUAAUGCUAUAUGCUAGUUAGCGCUAUAUGCUAGUUAAUGCUAUAUGCUUGUGUUUAGGCUGAUGUUCUACUAUUGACGUUACAGUUACGUCCAUACUGAAAAAAACACAAACUUACCAGUCAGAAACGUCCAUUAACAAUCUCCAAACAAUUGAUUAUUCCUCAAAAUCUGAUACAGACUCAAACAUAAGAUCUGUUUACACACACACAGAGCUACUGAAGGAGAAACAGCCAAUCAGAGCAGAGCUCAACAUUAUUAUUCAUGACCCUUUCAAAUAAGGUAAUAAUAGAUAAUAUAAUUCUAAAAAAAAAUCCUAGGGUUGUAAAUGGACAUGAAAAACUGACUCUGGAUCAUUUUUGCACAUUUAACAGAUUAUUACAAUGCAUUCUUUGGCACCUUUAACGCUGACGGUACAGUAAUGAGAUUUCUCUAAAUUGUCAUCACAUUUAGUUUCUUUAGGUUCUGAGAUAAAAGUUAAAAUGUUUUAAAAUUUUGUGUUUUGGAGUUAUUUUACUUUCCUUAUUGUGACUUUGUGUCACUUACAACAGUGUUAAUGUUUAGUGUUUAUAAGAGCGAGGUGUGUCGGUCACCAUCUGCAGCAGAAGUCUCAUUUAAAAGCUGCUGAUAUUUAAUACAUAGAACAGAUGGACAGACACACAAAACUCACUGUCAGCUAUUGUUGAGCAGCCAAUAGGACGAGUGUAUAUGUGUGUGUGCGUGUGCGUGUGUGUGUGUGUGUGUGUGUGAGAUAAAGAGAGAGGAGAGAGAGGAAGCAUGUGGUCUCUUCAUCUCAGUCGACUCUCCUCUGCUGCUCAGGUAACAAACUCUCACUGUCUGUCUGAUCACCUGUGUUAUUACUAUGAUCUCUGGUGUGUUGUGUCUCUGUCACUGUGUUAAUUUUGUGUUUGUUUUUAAUUUUGUUAUGUUGCAGCCUAA